AUGAAUUUUCCUGGAAAGGCUGUCUCGAACUUCCACCUGAAGUGGAGUUCCCCGUGCAUCCGCAAAGUUUCGAGUUCUCCCAUGGAGACUGUUACAUGUCUUGCAGAAGGCAGAAGGGGACCCGUGGAAGGAAACCGCAGUCAACAGCUUCCGAGAGACCUCGCAGUUCUCGCGCAAGUCACCUGCAGUCGACUGAAACUGUCGCCCUGUGACCUGGCGACCCAGGACUGCCUUUUGAAUUGCUUUAUCUCCGUUGUCUUCGCCUUUUCGUCUGCCUUCUCCCGGUUUUUCCCGGUUUCGCUGAGCUGUUUUGCACAAGCUGGACGGAAGACAUGCCUUUUUCUUUGCAGAAAAGUCUCGGAAGAAGAACGCGCAGAUCCGGCAAUUGCUGCGAAGAAUCACGAAGUCGUUCUCCACUUUGAAAAUCUCCUCGAAGAUUGGUGUCGGCAAAUCGAACGUUUCUUGGAAACUUCCCUCGACCAGAGCCACGAGCUGCCGGACGCCGGGCCUCGCAGCGAGAUCGAGUAUUGGAGAAGUCGCAUGCAGAGACUGAACUCGAUCAUCGAACAGCUAAAGAGUGACAACUGUCGCCUGGUCUUCCAAACGCUCUACGCAGUGAGCAAAACCAACGCAGAAAAGACUCCCAAGUCGAAGCAAACGGUUUUCCACGUCCUUCGCCGAUGCAAGCAGAUCGACACAGCAAUCACAGAGGCCUUCAACGAAGCGAAAGACAAUGUCAAGUACCUCAGCACUCUGCGGAACUUCAUGGAUCCCCUCUACACAGGAACACCGCAAAACAUCAUCGACAACCUGGGACCUCUGAUGAACGCCGUGACGAUGGUACACUCGAUCUCUCGCCACUACAACACCACCGAGAGAAUGACAAAUUUCUUCGUCAAAAUUACGAACCAGAUGAUCUGCAACUGCAAGAAAGGGAUUCUGGCUGACGAACACCCCCAGCAACUGUGGGAGCGCGAGCCUGAAGAAAUCAUUCGAAAGUUGGAGGCCUGUUCGCGUCUCAACGACGCUUACCACGAACAGUACCGAAUCACGAAAGACAAGUUGUUGACGACGCCGAAAGGGAAACAGUUCGACUUCUCCGAGCACCUGAUUUUCGGACGCAUGGACCUCUUUUGUCGCCGAGUGCUGAAGCUCAUCACUCUGUUUUCCAUCAUCCGUCAAUUUCAGAGCAUCUCGCGGCACUGUUUCGAAGGCAUGGGGGUCUUCGUCGAACGCUUCCAGCAAAUUCUUGCGGAGUUCCGGUCCAAGAGACACGACAUGCUCGACUUCACAAACAACCGCUUCGACCGAGACUUCGUCGAGUUCACCGUCCGCGUCGCCGACCUCGAAUCCGCUCUCCAGCCUUUUAUCAACCAAUCUUUCGCGUCGACGACGUCGAUUGACGCCUCUUUGCAGCUGCUGAAGAAGUUCCAGUCGGUGGUGCACAGCGAAAACCUCAAGAGCGAACUGAAGGCGAAAAUCAGCAUCAUCUUCCACAGAUAUGGCUGGGAACUCCAGCAGGUGCAGCAGCAGUACGAACGCCUUCGGGCAAAUCCGCCGAUCGACCGCGCCAUGCCGCCAGUCGCAGGCAGCAUCACUUGGGCUCGACACCUGCUGAAGAGAAUCGAGGGUCCGAUGAAGAAGUUCGAGGAGCAUCCUUUCGUUUUGAACACUCGAGAGGCGAAGAAAACCGUUCGUCUGUAUAACAAAGUCGCAGCGACGCUCGUGGAGUUCGAGCUGAGGUGGCAUCAAGCCUGGAAGGAGUCGGUGCCUGCUUGCAAGGCAGGUCUGCAGGCGCCGCUUCUCGCCAGGCAUGCAUCCAGUGGACAGCUUUUCGUCAACUUCGACCCGGACCUCGUUCAGCUCCUGCGAGAAGCCAAGGCGCUAGAUAGGCUCCGACUCGACCUUCCUGAAGACGCAAAAAUCGUUCUCCUCAGAGAACGAAAACUGAAAAAAUACUACGAAGACCUUACCUUCGUCCUCAUGGAGUACCGGCGGAUCGCCUCGAUGGUUCGCCCAAUCACCGCGGCCCUCGUGCAGCCUCACCUCGACAGCAUGGAGCAGAUUUUCCGCCCCGGCACCGCGACUCUGACGUGGACGUCGAUGAACAUCGACAGCUACUUGCAGAGCAUCUACGCCGGUCUCGCGAAACUCGAGCAGCUCGUCACCACCAUAAACGACAUCGUUGAAAACCGCAUCGACAGCAGUCUCUUGGCUCUGUCUCGCGUGCGGCUGGUGGAUGUCCCGACACCGGGAGAGGCGCUCUCUCUGCAGAGUUUCGUCGAGCUUCAAGAAAACUACGUCAAGCAGGUCGCGACGCUCCUGAAUCGCCGCUCGGCCGAGAUCGAAGGCGCCGUCCACGACCUCCUUCGCGCGAGCCUCGGCUGCCUAGGGAGACGACACACGCCGACCGCGUAUGCAGAGGACAUUGUCAAAGUCAAGGCACAGUACAAGUGGAAUCUGUACACCGCUUUGUUGACGUCGACCAAGAACUCGCUUUUGUGCUUGAAAGAGAGACUUCAGGCUCGUCGAAACGGAGCAGAGCCCCCUGCUCCCUUUUUCGAAGUGGAUCUUCAGCUGGACGGACAAGGCGUUCGUCUGCAUCCUUCUUUGGAGGAGAUCCAGAAAGCCGUCAACUCGUCUGCUCUCGCGAUUCUCAUGUGCUCUAAGAAAGUCAAGCCGUGGACCUUGUCGUUCUCUACUCCGCAUUCAGACGCACAGUCUGCGGAUGCGACUCUCGACGCCGGGGAACGAGAGGCUGGCGACGCAGGUCAAGGAGAGAGUUUCCACUCAAGAAUUGCGCAGGACCGAGAAAUUCUGAAAAUUAUUCUGCUCUUGACAGGCUCGAUACAAAGCACGCGAGACGAAGUCACGGACUUCCUCGGAAAAUUCGAUGACUUUGCCUGGUUGUGGACGGACUCAGCGCGCGAUACGUACGCGGCCUUUGCUGCGCAGAAACCGUCUCUGGAUGAAUUCGAGAAAAAAAUCCGAUUCUUUGUCGACGUCGAGACGAAACUCCAAAACAUGCAGACCACCACGGCAAUCGGCGUCCUUCAGCUGAACUCUUCAGGUCUCAUCAGCCAGCUCACAGAGCUAGUGCGGGGGUGGAGUCUCCAGUUUCUGGACGAGCUCCAUCAAAAGGCGCGGCAGAAACUCGAAACUUUGACAGAGCACAUUCGACAAAUGUCCAAGAGACUGAAGCGCACUGUUUCAGACAUCGACGCUCUGCGCCAUGUGAUGGAGACGCUGAAUUAUAUCCGAGAAAAAGAAUCCGACGUCGAGUCCGAGUUCGGCCCGAUCAUCAGCAUGUACAAUUUACUCGAUCGCUAUCUUCCAAGCAACGUCACUCUGACAGACAAAGACGAACACGACCAGCGCCUCAUGCUGCGGUCUUCCUGGCUGCGCCUCCUGGAGGACGCACAGACUUGCCAGGACAAUUUGAUCGGAAUGCAAACCGAGUAUAAGCGCGAGUUGAUCGUCAACAUCAACAGCUUCAAGGCCGAUGUGAAACAGUUCCGCGACGACUUUGAAAAGAACGGGCCCGCUGCUCUCGGCAUCGCUCCCCGAGAGGCUGUGGAGAGAGUCCGCAGGUUCAAGGAAGAAUGCGAGAUGCGAACGAGAAAACAGGAAAUCUACUACGCAGGCGAAGACCUCUUUGGGUUUCCUCACCAGUCAUACCCUGAACUCGACCAGACAAAAAAAGAAAUUUCUCACCUCACGCUGCUCUACGAUCUCUACGUUCAGGUCAUCGACACGAUGAAAGAAUGGAAGGAGAUUCACUGGACAGAUGCGCCCGGGUACAUGCCGCUGCUGACGGAAAAAAUUCAGUUUUUCUCCACAUGCUGCAAGAAACUUCCCAAGCAGCUCAAGGACUCAGACGCCUACCUCGAACUCAAGAAAGAAAUCGACGACUUCAUCGAGAUUCUGCCGCUUCUCGAGGAGUUGAGCAAAAAGUCCAUCAUGCCUCGGCACUGGAAACAAGUCGAAGAAAUCACCGGAAAAUCUUUCAAUGUAGAAAAUGAGAUGCUCAGGCUGCAGACGCUGACCGACGCCGGCCUCCUUCAGUUCAAGGACGACAUUGUUGACAUCUGCGACUCUGCCGACAAGCAGUUGAUAAUCGAAGAAAAACUCUCCGACAUUGAACAUGCGUGGAAGCAAACGAGCUUCGACUUCGGAACGUGGAAAACGAGAGACUAUCCAUGCGUCCUGCAAGGAGGAAGAGUGGCGGAGAUUCAAGAAGCUCUGGAAGAGUCUCAGAUGUCUCUGAACACGAUGAACGCCAUGAGACAUGUUGCACCCUUCAAAGAGAGAGUCGUCAACAUGCUCACAACUUUGUCGGAUGUUUCUGACACAAUCGACAGCUGGACGAAGGUGCAGGUGCUCUGGACUUCUCUUGAGCCUGUCUUCACUGGAGGAGACAUUGCCAAGCAGAUGCCGGCAGAGGCCAAGCGGUUCCACGGAAUUGACAAAGACUGGACGACCAUCAUGUCGAAGGCAGCGGAAACAGCGACCGUCGUCGAGUGCUGCCAGAAUGAGCUCUUGAAGCAGCUUUUGCCGGUCCUGCACGGAGGCCUCGAGAGCUGUCAGAAGUCGCUCGAGUCCUACUUGGAGGGGAAGCGAAACAAGUUUCCUAGAUUCUACUUCGUCUCUAAUCCUGUUCUCCUCAAAAUCCUCUCGCAGGGCUCCGACGCAGAUUCGGUGCAGGAAGACUUUGAAAAACUGUUCGACGCCAUCUCCCGUGUCGUGUUUGACAAAGAGGACCGAAAGAAAAUCGUCAAGAUCAAGACGGUUGCAGGGUCUGCGGAGGAAGUCGUGACUCUGUCGGCGCCUCUCAAAGUAGAGGGGAACAUUGAAGACUGGCUGAAAGGCCUCGAAGUCCAAAUGCAGAGGUCGAUUCGCAGAGACUGCAAAUACGCCGCACAUGAAACCGCCCUUGUCGGCAGCCAGCUGUCGCUGAGAGAUUUCUGCGAUCGAUACAUUGCACAGGUGGCGUUGCUGGGCCUGCAAAUGGUGUGGACGACGGACUGCCAUGAGGCGCUUGAGAAGCUCUCGCGGGAACGCGAUAAAUCAAUCAUGAAUGCGACAAACAAGAAGUUCGUCGCCAUGAUGACGGACUUAGUUGCUGCGUGUCUCUCCGAUCUGGGCACCCAGCUCAACCGAACGAAAUACGAGACGCUCGUCACCAUUCACGUUCACCAGAGGGAUGUGUUCGCAGACCUUUGGAAGAAGGUGAAGGAACAUCGUCUGAGAGAUUCAAGUGACUUCGAGUGGCUGAAGCAAACGCGACUGUACUGGAAAACUGACACGGACAAUGCCCUCAUUGCGAUUGCAGAUGUGGACUUUACGUACUCGUACGAAUAUCUCGGAGUCAAGGAGCGACUCGCCAUCACGCCUCUCACCGACAGGUGUUACCUGACUUGCUCGCAAGCUCUGGGGAUGUUCUACGGAGGCGCACCUGCAGGUCCCGCGGGGACGGGGAAGACGGAGACUGUGAAAGACAUGGGCAGGACUCUAGGCGUCUUCGUCGUCGUGACGAACUGCUCUGAUCAACACCGCUACAACGACAUGGCCAAGAUCUUCAAAGGCCUUUGCCAGAGCGGUCUCUGGGGAUGCUUCGACGAAUUCAACCGCAUCGACCUCGAAGUGCUCUCCGUCGUCGCCAUGCAGAUUGAGUCCAUCACAACUGCGAAGAAGCAAGGCCUGCGAACCUUCAUGUUCCCCGGCGAGGCAGCACCCAUUCGGCUUGUCCCUGCGACCGCGUACUUCAUCACGAUGAAUCCGGGAUACGCAGGGAGACAAGAACUUCCGGAGAACUUGAAGGUGCUCUUCCGAAGUGUCUCCAUGAUGGUUCCUGAUCGCCAAAUCAUCAUAAAAGUAAAACUGGCGUCUGUCGGAUACCUCGACAUUGACAACUUGUCAAAGAAGUUCAAGGUCCUCUACGGCCUCUGCGAGGAACAGCUUUCCAAGCAGCGCCACUACGACUUCGGUCUAAGAAACAUUCUCUCUGUGCUGCGAACGGCAGGCGCCACCAAGAGGACGGAUCCCGACGCUGACGAAGAGAUGUUGCUGAUGCGCACCUUGAGGGACAUGAACCUCUCAAAGCUGGUGGCGGACGACGUUCCAUUGUUCCUCUCGCUUCUACGCGACAUUUUCCCCAAGCAAGCGGACCCCCCAAAGAAGCUCUACAGCGAAGUCGAGAGUGCUGUCGUCGCGACGAUCGCGAAAAACAAGCUUCUUCUCUCAGACGAGUUUCUCACCAAAGUCAUGCAGCUCUACGAGACGUCCACUGUUCGACAUGGCUUCAUGCUGGUCGGUCCGACUUGCUCGGGGAAGAGUGAAAUCGCCUCGACGCUGGCGACGGCGUUGACGUCGAUUGGCAUUCCGACGAGGAGUGUGGUGAUGAAUCCGAAGGCGAUAACGGCGCAACAGAUGUACGGCGUCAAAGACCCGUUGACUGAAGAGUGGACUCCAGGAAUCUUUGCCUGGCUGUGGGCGAAGUACAACAACCGAGCUCUGAAAUUCAACACUUGGCUUACUUGCGACGGACCAGUCGACGCCAUCUGGAUCGAAAAUCUGAACACCGUUCUCGACGACAAUAAAAUCCUCACGCUCGCAAACAACGAUCGAAUCCCCAUGACGGAAAAUACUCGGAUCGUGUUCGAAGUCGAAAACCUGAACAACGCCUCGCCAGCGACGGUGAGCCGCGCCGGCAUCGUUUACGUAUCUGCCACCGACGUCGGCUGGAAGCCUCUCGUCCUCAGCUGGUUGAACGCCCGCGCACAAACUGGCCCUGCGGCGAGCGAAGAAAAGGCUCUCUUGACUCCGCUCUUUGAAAAGUAUUUAUUCGGGGCGAAUACGCUCGACUUUGCGUUGAGAGAGCUGCGACAUGUAAUGCCGGUUUCGGCGCAGAUUUUGACGGUGCAGGUCUUGAAUUUGCUGGCCGCGCUGCUCCGUCACUUUGAAACUCGAAAUGAGGCUUUGACGAGCCUGCAGUACGAACGUGUGUUGACCUACGCGCUGACAUGGGGGGUGGGCGGCCUGCUCGAAACCGAGGACCGUCUUCGCUUCGACGCUUUCCUGAAGAGUCUGGGAGCUCCACAUGCUUGCGAAGAAGGCCUCACACUCUUCGACUACUGGGUCGAGCUGGAGACGAAGACGUUCCAGAAGUGGAGCGCCAGAGAGUGGACUCCGCCUCCAGGCUCCGCCACCUUCUCCUCCAUCCUCGCGCCCACAACCGACUCUGAAAGGCAAGGCAAACGGAAGGGCAGAGCAGAGUACCUGGUCACGAACCUCUUGAGCUUGCCGCACUCGCGGAAUCCACCUUCGUUCCAGGCUGUGUUGCUGGUCGGCGGUCCCGGAACGGCGAAGACUUCGACUGCGUUGAUGUUCUUCUCCAAGUACCAGCUCAGCGAGCGCCUGUGGAAGCGGGUGAAUCUGUCGUCUGCGACGACACCCGAGAGGUUUCAGCAGACCGUCGAGGCGGAGCUGGAGAGAAAGACCGGGAAGACGUACUGCCCGCCUGGCGGCAAACAGAUGACGCUGUUUCUGGACGACAUGUCCAUGCCUUUCGUCAACGCUUGGGGUGACCAAGUGACGCUCGAGCUCGGCAGACAACUCAUUGAGCAAGGAGGCAUGUACUUCCUCGACAAAGACAAACGAGGAGACUUCAAGACCGUAAUUGGUAUGCAGUACUUGGGCGCGAUGAAUCACCCCGGCGGCGGUCGCAACGACAUCCCCAACCGCCUGAAGUCCAAAUUUUUUUCUUUCAACAUGAUUCUCCCCUCUCUCGCGUCCGUCGACAACAUCUACGGAGCGAUGCUUCGCUCUCGCUUUACUCCCAAGGCCGCGUCUCCCAAGGUUGUGGAGUUGUCUUCUCGUUUGACGAAGGCGACGAUUGAUUUGUGGUUGAAUGUGAAGAAGACCUUGCUGCCGACUCCGAACCGCUUUCACUACGUCUUCAACAUGCGCGACUUGUCUCGAGUAUUUCAAGGAGUUCUCUCUUGUCCUCUGGAAGUACUGACCAGCGAAGAGAGGCUAGUGGGCCUUUGGAAGAACGAGUGCUUGCGCGUCUUCGCCGACAAACUCUCGAGAGAAGUCGACAAGCAGUUUGUGCACCAGGCUGCCCACGAAGUCUGCUCCACUCACUUUGGAAGAGAACUCGCAAAAGCCGUCCACGAGACGCCGUGGUUUGCGGACUUUUUACGGGAAGGCGUCGAAGACGAAAGUGGCGAGUUGCUGCCGGCGCCGAAGAUCUACGAACCGGUGCCGAGUCUCGACGUCGUGCGCGCGAAAGUGAACUUCUAUCUGGAGAAGUACAACGAAGACAAUCCGUCAAAACAAAUGAAUCUCGUUAUGUUCGACGCCGCUGUCACCCACCUCAUGGCGAUUUCCAGAAUUAUUCAAAUGCCGAGAGGAUCCGCAAUGCUCGUCGGAGUCGGAGGCUCUGGGAAGCAGUCGCUUGCUCGACUCGCCGCCUACAUCGCUGGGCACUUCACUUUCCAAAUUACAGUCACGAAGACGUACAACGACAACGCCCUCUUCGACGACCUGCGAUGUCUGUACGCCUCGGCGGGCCAGAAGAAUCAAGCGACGACGUUCCUCUUGACGGACUUGGAAAUCAAAAGCGAAGGAUUUCUCGAGUACUUCAACUCCCUCCUCUCCACCGGAGAAGUCGCAGGGCUCUUUGCUAAAGACGAGAGAGACAACAUGGUGGCCGAGCGGCGCGCGGAUUUCAUCAAGGAGAGGCCGAACCAAGAAGAGAAUCUUGUGAACCUGUACAACUUUUUCAUGGAUCGCGUUCGGGACAAUUUGCACGUCGUUCUCUGCUUUUCCCCACUUUCUUCAAAGUUUGCAGAGAGAGCGCAGAAAUUCCCCGCUCUGUUCAGCACGACGAUCGACUGGUUUUUGCCUUGGCCAGAAGAUGCUCUCGUCGCCGUGUCUUCGCGGUUUCUGCAUGACUUUGAGAUCGACGCGAGCCCCGAAAAGAAGGCGACUCUCUUCUCAGCCAUGGGGAGAAUUCACACCGAUGUGGGACGCAUGUGUGAAGAAUACUUUUUACGAAUGAGGAGACAUGUUUACGUGACGCCGAAGUCUUAUCUCUCUUUCCUCAGCUUUUACAAACUCGUCUACGCGGAAAAAUUCAAAGAAGUCAAUAAUCUGGAACACAGCGUGAACGUCGGACUUCUGAAGCUGAACCAAGCUGCCCAGGACAUCAAGCAAAUGAAAGUGAAGCUGAAAGACGAAGAGAAGAAACUGCGCGAGUCUGAGGAACAGACGAAUCAACUGCUCGUCAAGGUGCAGAGCGAGUCUGCCAAGGCACAAAAGAAGAGCGAACAAGUGGGGGCGUUCCGCGACGAGUGCCUGGCGAACAAGGAACGAAUCGAAGUGGAGCAGGAGGAAGCGAAUCGCGACUUGCAGCAGGCGUUGCCUUACUUGCAGGAGGCGGAGAAUGCGGUGAAGUCGAUCACGGCGAAGGACAUCGUCGAGCUGAAGACGAUGAAGACGCCUUCAGACAUCAUUCGUCUCGUGUUUGACGGCGUGAUGAUUCUGCUGCAAACGAAACUCGUGGACGUUCGCAUGGAGGCGAAAGUCAUCAACAAGAAGACUGUCGACUUCAUCCACGACUCCUUCGACGAAACUGCCAAGGCGAUGAUGGCUGACGUCCGCUUCCUCAGCACUCUCUUCGACUUCUCCAAGAAUGAAAAAGACAACAUUAACGACGAAACAUGCGAACUCCUGAUGCCGUACUUGGAACUCGAAAACUUCAAUCCCGCCGUCGCGAAAAAAGCCUCAAAUGCAGCUGAAGGCUUGUGCAAAUGGGUCGGCGCCAUGGUCAUGUACCACGAGGCAGCGAAAAUUGUCAAGCCUAAAAUGGACUACCUCAAAAUCCAAACGGCUAGAGUCGACGUUGCUCUCCGCCAGCUCGCUGAGGCUGAGGCGGAACUUGCGCAGGCGCAGGCUACUCUGCGAGACAUCAACAAGCAGUUUGAGGCUGCCUUAUCUGCCAAGACGGAGCUGGAACAACGCGCGCUUGCGACGAAGCGAAAAAUGGACCAAGCCAAUAAACUUAUCAACGGCCUCGCAGGCGAAAAAACGAGAUGGACAGAGGACUCAAACACAUUCGCCGAAAGAAGAAAGAAACUUGUCGGUGACAUCACCGUGGUCGCCGGCUUCGUCUCCUACUGCGGACCCUUCAACGCGGAGUACCGCAUGCGAAUGCGCAAAGAGUGUUUCGGGGCGAUGUGUAAACGACAAGGGAUUCCUGCAUCCGAGGAUGUGAAUAUCGUGGAGGUUCUUGUCGACCAGGGAACAAUUGGAGAAUGGAAUCUGCAAGGUUUACCGGCAGACGAACUCUCAGUUCAAAACGCAAUUCUCGUCACACGAUCUUCAAGAUACGCUCUCAUGGUGGAUCCUCAAGGUCAGGCGCUGAACUGGAUAAAGAAGAAAGAAGAAGGCCGCAUGCAGGGCGCGAAGCAGUGCCUCACGACCAUGUCGAGUCCCAGACUGAAAGACCAGCUCGAAUAUUGUCUGCAAGAGGGCAAGCCGAUCCUGAUAGAGGGUGUGACCGACGAUGUGAAUCCGCUUAUCGAUCCGAUUCUCGAAAAGCAGAUUCUCCGAAAAGGGAAGAAACUUUUUGUGAACUUGUCUGACCAACUCGUGGAGUUCAAUCCGGACUUCACACUGUACCUCACAACGAAACUUGCGAAUCCGCAUUUCUCCCCGGAGCUCUCAGCAAAGUGCACAGUCAUCGACUUCACAGUCACUCAAGAAGGACUGGAGCAGCAGCUCCUGGGUCGCGUGCUGUCGAUGGAGCAGCGGUCCUUGGAGGAGAGCCUGAAUUUGCUGAUGGAGGAAGUGACUUCGAACACAAAGGCUCUGCAGGCUCUCGACGAUCAGCUUCUCGAGAGACUGUCGAAGUCGCAGGGCAACCUGCUGGAUGACACCGAACUGAUCGAGGUGUUAGGAAAUACAAAGGCGAAGGCGAAGGAAGUCGAGAAGAAGUUGAAGGAUGCGCAGGAGAAGAAACUCGAGAUCAACGAAAAGCGAGAACAGUACCGACCCGUGGCGACGCGCGGCUCUGUUCUCUACUUCUGCAUGGUCGAGAUGUCCCUCGUUUGCUGGAUGUACAACUCGUCUUUAGCGCAGUUUCUGGAGCAGUUCGACCUCGCGAUUCACCGCUCCGAAAAAGCGCAGCCGACGCACAAACGAGUGGAAAGAAUCGUGGAUGCUCUCACCUACCAAGUGUAUCGCUACGUCAAUCGCGGACUGUUUGAGAGACACAAAACAACGUUUCUGAUGAUGGUGGCGACCAAAGUUCUGCUCACGGCGGGAGAGUUAACUUCCGCAGAUGUGUCUUUGUUUCUGACAGCGGGCGCAGGCCUGGAUGAACAAGCGGAGCGUCCCUGCCCGUACAAGUGGCUCGGACAAGACUCAAAAACGUGGUUGAAUAUUCUGCAGCUUUCUCGGCAUUCUUUCGGCCAUGAACAAAUCCAGUUUUUCUGCGAGUUGCCAGACAUCAUUGGGAAGAACGAGGCGCAGUGGCGGAAGUUCCUUGAAGACAACGAACCAGAGAAACAAGCUGUCCCCGACUUCGAAGAAAGAAUUCGCAUGCAGAAGCCACUCGGGCCCUUCAUUCGGCUUUGCCUUCUCCGGGCCUUGCGCGAAGACCGAACUGUGGUCGCUUCUGCCCGCUGCAUCGAAGCGCUUCUCGAUCCCCGGUACACAGAACCUGUGACCGACUCUGUGGAGUCGAUAUGGCAAGAGUCCCACAGUCGAACGCCUGUUCUCUUCUUGCUUUCUCCGGGGACCGACCCGACAGCAGUGAUUGACGAACUGGCGAAGAAGAAGAAAAAGUUCCCCACAGAUAAAGUGUCCAUGGGAGAAGGGCAAGAGAUUGUUGCGCGCGAGAAGAUCAAGAACGGCUUCCUCUCCGGAGGCUGGGUCGUCCUUCAGAAUUGCCACCUAGGUCUCAAUUUCAUGUCCGAGAUCGAAGAACUCCUCCUCAAAGUGCAGGACGUUGCGAAGGACUUCCGGCUGUGGAUUACAUGCGAAUCCCACAAUAGAUUCCCCAUCGGCUUGCUUCAAAUGAGCAUAAAAGUGACAAACGAGCCACCAAUUGGACUUAAGGCGGGGCUCCACCGAACGUUUACGACCAUGGUCACGCAAGAGACUCUAGACAAGGUGGACCACGAAAAGUGGCGGAACAUUGUCUUUGCAACGGCGUUCUUGCACAGCAUUGUCCAGGAGCGAAGGAAAUUCGGUCCUCUAGGUUGGUGUGUGCCCUACGAAUUCAACUACUCCGAUUUAGAAGCGUCGCUGUUUGUCAUUGAGAAACACCUUGCCUCGACAAUUCUCGUCGGCCAGCCGCUGUCGUGGUCGACGAUCUGCUACAUGGUUGCCGAGGUCCAGUACGGCGGAAGAAUCACCGAUGAUUUAGAUAGAGAGCUCUUCAAUACCUACACGAGCAAGUGGUUUACGGAUGAAUUGUUCAAGCACAACUUCAGCUUCACGGGAAAUGCAGCUGGACAGCACGACUUUCAGUACCGGAUCCCUGACUGCCUCGAAAUCGCCGCCUAUAGAGAGUACAUCAACACGUUGCCCGCUGUCGACCAGCCCAGCGUGUUCGGUCUCCACGUGAAUGCAGAUCUAACUUUUCGACUUCAGGAAUCUUCGUACAUGCUCAAGACCAUCCAGGAAACGCAACCCAAAGAUUCUAGGGGCGGCGGAGGCAAGUCUCGCGAAGAAGCCGUCAAAGAGAAGUGCCAGGAAAUACUCAGCAAGAUGCCUCCAGACUUCGUCGAAGAACAGUACAGAGAGCAAAUUUCGAAACUGAGCAGCCCGCCGGGAUUGCUGACCAAGGGCCUUCAGGUCCCUCUGAACAUCUUCCUGUUCCAGGAAGUCCAGCGCAUGCAACGGAUCAUUGCGCUGUCACGGAAAACCCUCAUGGCGGUCAUCGACGCCAUUGACGGGCUCAUCAUCAUGACGCCGGAUUUGCAGGACGAUGUCAACUUGAUCUUCGACAUGCGCGUCCCGAAGAAGUGGUUGCGAGACCCCAGUGGAGCUGAAAUUUCAUGGAUUUCUUCGACGUUAGGCAAGUGGUUCAGCGGGAUGCAGUUGCGAGUUGAACAACUCGUUUCCUGGCUUCAGAAUGGGCGACCGAAGUCGUUCUGGCUCAGUGGAUUCUUUAAUCCUGAAGGAUUUCUCACCGGGAUGAUGCAAGAGGUGACCAGACAGCACAAAAAAGACCAGUGGGGCCUCGACGACGUCGUCCUCCACACUGAAGUUAAGGGGUAUGACUAUGACAAAGUGAAGGAGACUCCAGAUGAGGGCGUCAACAUUCAUGGCCUCUACAUCGAAGGUUCAAGGUGGAACUGGCACGAAGGCAAACUAGAUGAGUCGCUCCCGAAGGUCAUGGUCGACAGAAUGCCGAUCUUGUAUGUGACCGCAGUCACCUCGAAAGACAAAAAGAACAGAAGCGCAGAAUUCGGCCAGUUCGAGCCCUAUGACUGCCCCGUUUAUAAGUACCCUAAGCGAACAGACAAUUACCUAGUCUUCCGUGUUAACUUGCGGACAGAGGUGCAGCCGUCCCACUGGAAACUAAGAGGGACUGCUCUACUUUGCUCGAUUGAAUAA